GCGCGGACAUGUAAGUUCCGUGUUUGAUUCUCAACUAACAACUCUUAAUUUCAUUUUCUAUCUCUGGAAUUCUCUCUCUCUCUCUGUCUCAUAGAAAUCCCGUGUUUGAUUCCAAGCUUAACAAGUCUCAAUUUCAUUUUCUUUCUCUGAAACCCCUGGAAUCGUCCAAAAUGGCGAGAGCAGGCAACAAGAACAUACAAUCCAAGCUGGUAGGUAUUACUCGGGGACAUGGGAACAGGGAAAACCAGUUUGGUAUUGAGAUUGGUGAAAGGCCAGUUUUAUGAUUACCAGGAAUCGACAAUUGGAGCGGCUUUCUUCACUCAUGUUUUGUCAUUAAAUGAAGCCACAAUAAAAUUUGAUAUAUGGGAUACAGCAGGACAGGAGCGGUACCAUAGCUUAGCACCAAUGUACUACCGCGGGGCAGCUGCAGCUGUUGUGGUGUAUGACAUCACGAAAAUGGAUUCAUUUCAACAAGCAAGAAAGUGGAUCCAAGAGCUGCAAAGACAAGGAAAUGCAAACUUGGUAACAGCUUUGGUGGCAAACAAGGCUGACCUUGAAUCGAAAAGAGAGGUGGAGACUGAGGUAGGGGAGCAAUAUGCAAAAGACAAUGGAUUGCUUUUCUUUGAAACGUCUGCAAAAACUGCACAAAAUGUAAAUCAACUUUUCUAUGAGAUAGCAAAGAGAUUGCCUAAAGUUUCCCCUUUGAAGCCUGGUGGAAUGAAGCUGCAUGGAAGAUCACGAGAAGGGGGAAGAGGAAUAUUUUGUUGCUCAAGCUGAUAUGCAUCAUACUUGGUCAGAGAACUGUAACUGGAAUUAUUUGGACGGAUAUUUUUCUGAGAUGGAAAUUCAAUCUGGGUUAUCAAGUUGGGGACAAGCACACCUCUAGAAGCCAUAUCUUUCAUGUCUUUGUAUGUACUUUUGUAUCUUGCGUUAGUUUUUGAAGAUGCAAUUGGUUUAUAUGUUCAAUGUGCAAGAAAUAAAUAUGGAUCUGAAAAUGAAUACACGUUCUCCAAUACAUUGUAAAAGACAGGUUCUAAAUAGCAAGCACAUGCACCUUGCCUUUUUAUUUUAAAACAGAAUUAAGAAGAUAUCCUGGCUGAAC